AUGUCAGAGUGGGUCCUUGAGGAGUUACCUCCAAACAAAGUUCAUAAAGCCACAAUCAUAAAGCCAAUUGUGGACCAAAAUUAUGUCCCUUAUGUGCAUGUUUUCUUGUUCUGCAGUCCUCAUCUCUUGGACCUCCCUUGGGAAGAUGUGCUGGUUCCACACAUCCUAUCAUAUCUACCCCUGCGACAUGUCUUAACCCUCCAAAGAGUCAGCAAACCGUUUCAGUCGUUAGUCCACCUGUAUCUGACCAACUGCCGCAGCUUUGACUCCACUCAGCUUGGGUCUCAGAUGCCAAAAAGUGCCUUUUGCAACAUACUUAAAAAUAACGCAGUAUUGCAGCGACUUGACCUGCGAAGCUGUUCUGAUUGGUUAACUGACAAAGAGCUGCUUCCAAUCAUUGCCCAGAACCAUCACCUUCUGUACAUUAACUUGAACAGUUGUGUGCACCUGAGCCGGCAGACCCUGGUCGCUAUAUCGCUUAGCUGCCCUCAUAUACAGAAUAUCUACCUGGGUCACAGUGAAUGGGUGGACUGUUUGUCGCUCCGGAGUCUGGCGGAUCAUUGUAAAGCUUUGGAGGUUGUGGACUUGACAGCGUGUCGGCAGCUGAAGGAUGACGCUGUGUGUUACUUAGUGCACAAGAGCACGCACCUAAAGGCACUUACACUGGCUGUCAAUGCAAACAUUAGUGAUGUUUCUAUUGAAGAAACUGCAAAGAACUGUAGAGAUUUAGAGCACCUCGAUUUAACAGGAUGUCUGCGUGUGAAGAAUGAAUCAAUUAGGACCCUGGCUGAGUACUGUAACAAGCUGAAGUCCCUUAAGGUGAAGCAUUGCCACAACGUGACAGAGUCCAGCCUCAGCAUCCUACGGAAGAGAGGAGUAGAAAUGGAUGUGGAGCCACCGCUGCAACGAGCUUUGGUUCUUCUGCAAGAUGUUGUGGGUUUUGCACCAUUUAUUAAUUUACAAAUUUAGCAAAUUGAACCUGAACAUUAAUUGCACCAUAUCUGCUACCACUGAACUAUCUUUAUUUGCUCCAUCAACACUGGCAAUAAGAGAGCUGUCACGCUCUGAUAUAGUGUAGCGCCGGCAGAGAGGAGCGGGACUUUAUAUGACAGGAAAUGUUUUUUCAAGGUGCUGUGAGGACAGAGAACAUUACUUUGUAGCCAGAGGCCAUAGAGAUUUACUGCCAUAAUUCAAUAUGGGAUUGAUAGUGAUGAUUAGGGCUCUGACACUGCAUCAGGAGCGCUGAUUUGUGUCCCUUAAAGACAACAAGAAUCACAUUGCAGAAGUGGUUUUUAUUCCUGCAGGAAAAGAUGACCUAUAUGCUCAUGCUUAGGAACCCGACGCUCGCUUCCUUUACAGAUUAGACUAGUUAGUUUGUGAUCAGUGUGUAGAGAGAGAGGUUUCCUAUUUAUGCAGCUUGGCUAGAUGUAUUCUUUGCAUCCUCGAUAAACAAAUUCUCCCCUAGGUAAUUAAAUGAGUUAUCGGCAGCAAGUCUGUGAUUAGUUACCGAAAACAAAUGAUAAAUAAUAGAGUCAUUAUUACAUCAGAUCAAAUUCUACUUCACUCAUUUCUUGCUUACACCGUGUGUCUAGUUCAUCAGCAGGAUUUCAGUUUGUCACCCCCUGUUCUAAAUAAGAAACUUUCAAUCACAACUAGGGGGGGGGGGGGAGAUCUGUGGGUGAAGAGGAAAAAAAGAGAUUAAAAUAUAAAUAAAACUAAUAAAAAAAGUUUUAUUGGGAAGUAAAAUGUGACAAAAUUCAUUACUGCAAACAUACAAUAAAAUUAUACACAAUCCUUUA